UGUUAUUAUUUGGUGCUCAUUGAUAAGUGAUAACAAUCGUCCCUGAGGCCGUAUUAUUAAAAUACUUAAUAUUUAAGAAUUUAUUAAAUUCUUGGUGAUACCAGAUUUCUGUGAUAUAUUAGAAUAGUUCAAACAAAAAAUGUCUUUAUCAAAACCAAUUAUGAAUUUAUUGGCAUCGUAUUUACAAAAUCUGUAUUUGCAUCCUAUCAAGACUAAAUCCAUUACAAGCUGUGUCUUGGGAACUACAGGAAGCAUUGUGUCGCAACUCCUGGCCGGCGGCAACAUAAGAUUGGAUCCAAUUCUUGCUUUCGGACUUUAUGGAUUACUAUUCGGCGGCACCUUCCCCCACUACUUCUACGAAUGGAUAGAACGCAUGUUCCCAGAAGAUGUCGUGGCGUUCCCUCUAGUCAAGAAACUGAUCUUCGAGCGACUGAUCUACGCUCCUCUCAUUCAGGCCUUCUCUCUGUACACUCUGGCAAGAUUUGAAGGAAAGAAUCACAGUGCUGCGUUGAAACAGCUAAAUGCUUUAUACUUGACAGUGCUGGAGGCGAAUUGGAAAUGGCUGACGCUGUUCCAAGUUAUUAAUAUGGCGUUUGUGCCACCUAUGCUCAGAGUACUCUACAUGAAUUUGGUGGGUCUCGGCUGGGCGAUUUUCCUUGCUACCAAGCGAAGACAGCAGAGUCAAAAGAAGGAAUGAUUCACUGAGAUAAGAAUUUUCGAUUGAUACAAAAUGGUUGGUUGAUUGGAAACAAGUGCUUUGGGACCAUUAAUUUAAGAAAGGAAAAUAAUUACAUUCCUUUAAAAGUCAAUUGAAAAGGUUAUGGUCAACAUUAAUUUUGAGGGUGUUAGAUAUAAGCGGAAAAGUGUAUACAAAUAAAAGCCUUAUUUUUGUUACUUAAUUUAUUUGACAACAGCAAUUUUUGAUCCAUUAAUCGAUAGAAUAUCUGCUUAUAUAUUCUGUGAUGUCAUCUAUUACUAUCAUCUAAAAUCAAAUCUGCGAAAUCAAUUCAAUCGGCUUGUGGUGCAUUUAAAACUUUCUUUUAUAUUCAAAGACUUAUUUUAUAUUGAUGUUUUAUAAUAAAGUUGUUUUACUAUUUA